UCUGAAGUUAAAUGACUCAAACAUUAAAAUGUCUACUUUUGAGGUAAAAAUUAACACUUCAUGUGGAUAUACAAGCAUUAAAUGCCUAGAUGAGAAAUGGAAAAACUUUCCGAUAUCAAAUUUGCCACCAAAAGUUGCUGAUAAUUUAAUGACAGUCAAAAAUUUCUCAGUUCGUCCACACGACAUUUUUUUGUGUGGAUUUUUACGAUCAGGAACAACAAGACUGCAAGAACUAGUUUGGAUUAUUGCAAAUGAUUUUGAUUUUAACACACAAAUGGAAUUUGAUUCUAAAGCCAGAAUACCGACUUUAGAAACUCCCGAAUGGAGCUUCAAAUUGAGAGAAAAACCUUUUGCCAACUCAAUGCAAGAACUACUAAAUCCAAGAGUCAUAAAAAGUCAUCUUCCCGUGCAAUUGUUACCUGAUCAAAUUUGGACAGUGAAGCCAAAAAUCAUCUUCAAUAGUCGAGAUCCAAAAGAUAAUGUGAUUUCAUUUUAUCACUUAUUAAACACUUAUUCUUCAGUUCCACUUUAUCUUGAGGAGUUUUUAGAUAAAUUUAUAUCCGACGACCUUGUAUACACUCCAUACCGAGAAUAUAUUUCGAACUAUUUAAAUUUGUCCCAAUUUGAAAACAUUUUGUGCCUGACUUAUGAAGAUACGUCUGCUGAUUUAGAUGGAACAAUUCAAAAAGUCGCUCACUUUUUGGGCAAGACUGUUUCAACUGAAAAUGUGAAGCUGAUUAAAAAUUAUUUAAAAUUUGAAAACAUGAAGGAAAAGUUUGGCAAGGAUAAAAUAAGUGGAAAUCAUGAGCAUGAUCAGAAAAUAGCGGCCCAGUCACUAGAUCCUAACUCAAGAAAUAAUCGAGCAUUCUUUCGAAGAGGAAUUGUUGGUGGAUUCAAAGAUGAAAUGCCUCAAGAAUAUGUAGACAGGAUUGAUGAUUGGUAUUCAAAAGCUGGAAGUCUCAAUCAAGGAUUUAAUUUAAGAGACUAAGAAAUAUUUGAUAUACGUCAUUUAUAAACGUCUCUAAAGUUCUUUUUGAUCAGGUUCUGUAAAAUAGUUGUAGCUUAAUGUUCUUAAAGGCACAAACAAAAAAACCUCAAGUAUCAUUUAGCAAAUGAAAAACGUAGAUAAUUGCUUUUUUUACUCCGCAUUCAUAUGCAACUGCUUUAUCUAGAAAAAGUCAUAAAAGUAAGGGAAAUAAAGGAAAGAGGAUACUUUUGAAUGCAUUAUUUAUUGUUGGUCAGACAAUAAAAUAAAGAAUCCUUUAUGAAAGGGGAUAAAAGUGAACGUAAAAGGCGAAGAUAAUCUCAGAUGUUAAAGGUUCUCUCUUUUAUUUCAAAUAGCA